GCAGACUCAGCGCAGUGGGCGUAGAAUCGACGGUUUCUCGGAGUUCAUACAUGACUUCCCGAUUAUCCGCACCCAACUUGGGCUACUUGAAUUUGUGAUACUUCCCUGCCACAGCGAUCCCUACAGCGAUGACGGAAAGCUCCGCGAACAAACUGCUCAACGGAGACGUCUGUCGCCGUACAUCGAGUGGCCAAAAAACGAGCAAAAAUGGCUUCGUGAAGAACCACUGCCUGUUUCAACAGCCGCAGAAGUACCGUCGCCCCGGGGAGAAGAACCAACAUGGCGCACACAACAACUCAAGCCUGUACAAGAGGCCCUUUGUGGAAUCGUUUGAGCAGACUCCUCUACUCGUGGCUGUGCUUACCUACGUGGGCUACGGCAUCCUCACCAUAUUUGGCUACCUCCGGGACUUCCUCCGCCACUGGAACAUUGGGAAGUGCAGCAUGGCUCGCGAGCGAGAGGAGCAGAAGGACUUUGUCCCGUUGUAUCAAGACUUUGAGAACUUUUACACCCGGAACCUAUACAUGCGCAUCAGAGACAACUGGAACCGUCCCAUCUGUAGUGUUCCUGGGGCAAAGAUGGAUCUGGUGGAGCGGGUUUCCCCUGACUACAACUGGACCUUUCAGCACACGGGCAAAGUGGUGAAGGACGUCAUCAACAUGGGCUCGUACAAUUAUCUGGGCUUUGCGGAGAACACUGGCCCUUGUGCUGAUGCUGCCGUUGAGGUCACACACAAGUAUGGCGUGGGAGUGGGCAGCACUCGCUGUGAAUUGGGAAACCUGGACAUCCAUGAAGAGAUGGAGCAGUUAAUAGCCAGGUUCCUUGGCGUGGAGUCUGCUAUGGCUUUCGGAAUGGGCUUUGCUACUAAUUCCAUGAACAUUCCUGCUCUGACCGGAAAGGGUUGUCUUAUCUUAAGUGACGAGCUGAAUCAUGCAUCGCUGGUGCUGGGUGCCCGUCUUUCUGGCUCUACAAUUCGAGUCUUCAAGCAUAACAACAUGCAAAGCCUGGAAAAACUCCUCCGAGACGCCAUCGUACACGGGCAGCCAAGGACCCAUCGGCCCUGGAGAAAAAUUCUUAUUAUUGUGGAGGGCAUUUACAGUAUGGAGGGUUCGAUCGUGCGCCUGCCAGAGGUGAUCGCCCUGAAGAAGCGUUACAAGGCGUACGUGUACCUGGAUGAGGCCCACAGUAUUGGGGCUCUGGGGCCUCACGGUAAAGGAGUGGUGGACUACUUUGGCCUCGAUCCCACAGAUGUGGACGUCAUGAUGGGAACGUUCACCAAGAGCUUUGGCAGUGCCGGGGGUUACAUCGGAGGCAAAAAGGAGCUCAUCGAUUAUCUGCGGCAGCACUCCCACAGCGCCCUUUACGCCACCUCGAUGCCCCCCCCUGUGGCCCAGCAAAUCAUCACCUCGAUGAAGAUCAUCAUGGGAGAGGAUGGGACCACAAGAGGUGCAGACCGCCUCCAGCAGCUAUCAGAGAACACCACCUAUUUCCGCAGGAAACUUCGUGAAAUGGGCGUCAUCAUCUAUGGCAACAAGGACUCGCCAGUCGUACCCGUGAUGCUGUACAUGCCUGCUAAAAUUGGGGCGUUUGGUCGAGAGAUGUUGAGGCGAAACAUCGGCACAGUCGUCGUCGGCUUCCCGGCAACUCCCAUCAUCGAAUCCCGAGCACGUUUCUGCAUUUCGGCUGCUCACACCCGGGAAAUGCUCGACACAGUAUUAGAGGCCAUGAAUGAAGUGGGCGACCUUUUGCAGCUUAAGUACUCCAGGCAGUCUCCUCCCUCCAUCAGGUGGACAUCUGAGGAAAGCCAACUUCAGGACUGAAGCCCUUGAGUGUAAAUGUCCAUUCCCCGCCCCUUCCCAAAUCCAUCCGCAUACUCUUAGUAACAGACCACACCACUCCUCCAUACCUCUUUUAAAUAUCACACUUCAAACCUCAGUGACCUUCACCUUGAAAACAUUCUGGGAAUCGACCCCGCUCACCGAUAGGAGGUGAAGACCAACAAUAUGCGUCUUUUUGUGCCUGUAUUUUUUACGUUUAGACGCUUUCUUUUCCGACCAGACCUAAGCUUUUUUAUUCCCGUGAGCACAUCAACUGUACAUGUUAUCCGUGCAAUAGUCGCAGCAAAAAAUAAAUAAAUAAAAUAAAAAUCUAGAGCCAAUACGCCAUAAGACAUUAGUUGUGCACUUACAUAAAAGUCAAAACAGAUAUAUGUAAAUAAUAUUUUUCACAGAUAAGCGCCCACAGGAGUAACAUUACGCGUGUUAUCCGUAUAUAUUUACCACACUACCCUCACCUGGAGAAUCACUUGUACUUGAACAGUGUAGAAUAUUACUACCCCUGACCAAAGCAAAAAUAUAUGUAUAGAUCUAUUUUCUACUUUUUCUCUUCAAUUGUAAAGUUCCAAAAAGAUUAGCCCCGAGUUGUGUGGGGCGGGAUCGGGGGAGAAAGACUUACAGGAUAUUUUUUACCGCUUCUUUUCUAGAGAUAUUUUGCAGCCUUAUUUACUGUUUACACCUGCCCUCCAUCGUCCUCUCGAUUUUCUCGUGCUUCCGUCUUGUACGUUUGAACUGUAUGUAUGACGAUACGGCGUAUCCGAUAUACAGUUGUAUUUAUUAUUUAAACUGUCUCUGUGUGUGUGUGUGUGUGCAUAAUGGAACGGUUAUCCCAACGGCAGCUUUGCACGCAUUCCCGGUUGGACGUGCAAAAUUUUAAUUCUUUGUUUCAUAUGUCUUAUAGUAACUUCAGUGCAUCACACUACUGACAGGCAUUGUAAAUGCACAGAUGAUGUAGUCACUGAAAUAUGCAGUUUUUUUUCCAUACGCCACCAAAUGUGAUUUUUUUUUUUGUUUUUUUUUUUUAGGAUGGCAUUCCAAAUCGCUUUCGCUGCACUGUUAAAAAAAAAAAAAAUACUUGUGGAACAUUCUGCUUUUGUGUGUUUGUUAGUGUUUUUUUUAAUGUCUCAUUAAUUUAUUAAUAAGAAUUGGAGUUCACUCAAGCUAGUUAGCAGGCAGGGCUUCAUCUGCCAGUGUCAGCAUUCCGGUCGCUCGUCACACAGGUUUCGAUUUUUCAACUACCGCAAUGCGUCCUUAUUCGACUGUAAAUCAACUGGUCUCAUUGUGAUAUCGUGAUUGGUCACCCGCAAAAUGGCAUGAAUAACCACUCUGUAAUGCAUUUCCUUCAAGUCAUGUACCAAGAAUGUUACUGGAAUCUGCCAUUGCAGCUCAAACGUUAAGUUUCCCCUCAAAUACACAAAUGACCUUACUGAUAAAAUACACACAACCGCUUCAUUGUGAUGUUUUUCCACUUAUCCUACGUGUUACCUGAACUUAUCGGUUACAUAUGCCACUGUACUUCCGUUCACUUUUAAAGUGUUCUCAGACUGCAGAUUGUAAAGCCAUGAUGUGUACGUGUUGCUCCAGCUGUUCUAAACAGAUUAAAACGCUUUCUUUGUAUCAAA